AUGGAGCCGUAUUUAUAUGCACCAAGGUCAUCUCCAGGCGUGCAAGCGGUGGUGAACCUUCAAGAAGACAAUCAGUCUGGUGUGUCUGGCACUCUUAUUUUCACUCAGAUAGUUCCCUAUGGACCUGUCACAAUUGUGGGGAACAUAACUGGACUGUCCGCUGGGCUUCAUGGCAUCCAUGUCCACCAGGCUGGUGCUAUCAAUUACAACUGCAUGGAGAUCGGUCCCCACUUCAAUUCUUAUUAUGGCCGGCACGGCGGGCCUCGUGACUACUUCCGUCACGUCGGCGAUUUGGGAAACAUAAAAGCCGAAGAAGGCCAAACGGUCGAUGUCAAGAUCAUCGAUCAUCUCAUCACGUUAACUGGACCACGGUCAAUCGUCGGCAGGUCCCUAGCAAUCAGCAGCGGGGAAGAUGAUUAUGGAAUGGCUGGCACAGAGGAUAGUGCAUUGACUGGCACCUCAGGCCCACCUGUGGCCUGUGGCAUUAUCGGCUAUUACUACAAUUACUAC